GGCGUCUCUCAGAAAGCUGUUUGUUAGCAGAGUCUCUUUGUUGUGUUGGUCCAGUGAGUGUGAGGUCCAUGUUGCCCAAGUUAGCUUAGCAUGCUAGCUGGGACGGAAGUUAGCAACACAGCGCUAGUCAGAGUGACUGUUUGAUGGAGAGCAAACGGUGUUUGUGACGGAGUUUGUGUGGAGAAAAAGUGUGUGUCGUUGUGUGAAAAUGUGUAAAGUCCAAAUGCUGAGAGCGUUGGUGAAGCAGCGACUCACUGCGGCUGCUGAAGAGAUCUUUGGGCUGUUUGAAAGAACGAUAGCAGAGUACGAGGAGGAACUGUGUCGUUCUAAAGAGGAGAACGAGCGACAACGGAAACUCCUGCACGCUGUUCUCAACCCUCAGCUUCGGUUACACAGAGCAGACGUCCAGCAGCUGUUGGUGGUUAAAGAAGAGGUUCCUCCUGAGCAGCAGGAGUGGAGCUCCAGUCUGGACCAGGAGGAGCCAGAGCCCCCACACAUUAAAGAGGAACAGGAGGAACUCUGGACCAGUCAGGAGGGAGAGCAGCUUCAAGGGCUGGAGGAGGCUGAUAUCACCAAGUUCACAUUCACUCCUGUCCCUGUGAAGAGUGAAGAUGAUGAAGAGAAACCUCAGUCCUCACAGCUUCAUCACAGACGUACUGAACACAUGGAGACAGAAGCUGAUGGAGAGGACUGUGGAGGACCAGAACCAGACAGGAACUCAGAUCCAGAUAGACAUCCAGAACCAGAUCCUGAUGAGGAGACUGGAGACUCUUCUGAACCUGAGACUGAUGGCAGUGAGGAUUGGAAGGAGACCAGAGAACCUCAGUCAGGUUUAAACUCUCUGAAUAAUGAUGAGGUUUCUGUCAGUGAAUCCAGAUGUAGUGCUGGAGAGAAACCAUUUAGCUGCUCUGAGUGUGGGAAAAGCUUUCACUUAAAGAAGGGUCUGAACAUACACAUGAAAUGUCAUAGAGGAGAGAAAGCAUUAAAUUGCUCAAUUUGUGAAAAAUCUUUCACACAGAGUGGAAGUUUACAGACACACAUGAGAAUCCACACAGGAGAGAAACCAUUCAGCUGCUCGGUUUGUGAGAAAUCUUUCACACAGAGUGGAAGUUUACAGACACACAUGAGAGGCCACACUGGAGAGAAACCAUUCAGCUGCUCUGAGUGUGGGAAAAGAUUUAAAACCAAGACAGAUCUGAAGAGACACAUGGUAACUCACGCAGGAGGGAAACCAAUCAGCUGCUCAGUUUGUAAGAAAUAUUUUACAAAGAAUGGAAAUUUACAGAUACACAUGAGAAUCCACACAGGAGAGAAACCAUUUAGCUGCUCAGUGUGUGAGAAAUCUUUUGUACAGAGUGGACAAUUACAGCUACACAUGAGAAUCCACUCAGGAGAAAAACCAUUCAGCUGCUCAGUUUGUGGGAAAUCUUUUGCACGGAGAGGAACUUUAAAGAUACACAUGAGAAGAUGCCACACUCAAGUUUGAAAAGACAUGAGGAUUCACACACAAACAGAACUAUUUUGCUGCUCAGUUUGUGGUAAAAGAUUCCGCCGCAAGGCACGUUCCUCUCGUGACUGACUGUAAAUAGUCUUUGUUGUAAAUUUUUCGACGUACUGGUCAAACCCUUUGGACUUGGCCUGCUUAGAUUAAAAUUGUAAAACGCUGACACACAGACUUUAGAAAAUGGAUGUUAGAAACACUGAGACAGUUUAUAUUUUCAUUAGUUUUUGUUUUAGAAAACAUGUGAACAACAGGAAGCUCAGAUUAGAGGGAUGUUAUCAGUCCUCAUGUAUUCUGUUCAUAAAUCAGAGAGCUCGAGGCUUCUUUACUCUUUGAGAGGCGUCUUGCCUUUUAAAUUGUUUUGUCUUUUGACGUAACAGUUUUAUGGUUUUUGAAUUUCUUGUUGAUUCUUUUUGGACUCUGUAACACUCAGAGGUCAUGUUUUCUUUAACCUUUAAUAAAACAAGUUGAACUUUAUUUAACCUGAGAUUAAUCUUUGUUCUUCCCAGGCUGAGCUUCGUCCUUCCCGCUGCUUUCAGAAAGGCCCCU